AUGCGAGCCAUGGCGGUGAUGUACGCGGCAGCAACUGCCACCGCCGCCACUUCCUCCGUAGAAGAAUGCUCGACGAUGGGAUUUGGGCACUCCACUACAUGCAAGGAAUGCCACGAGGUCGACGAUCAGUCUCGAACAGCCUGCCUUGGUUGCUGUAUCGCCAGGGCGACCUUUCCGCAAAUGCAGAUGCAAGAUAUCACCCCCGGCUUCUCCGUCGUGUACAAGCGCGGGAGAUUGCCGACCAUGCUCUUCUACGACGACCUCGACGAGCUGCAAGAAUCCGUCAUCGUUGCCACGUGGGACCAAUCAUCUCUCGACGCAUACCUCGCGCUCCAUUUGAAACCAGCUGGUGUCGCUGCGCAGGCCUUGGGGUCCGACGAACUCUAA